GACGAAUCCUUGACUUGAAGACUGGAACAGUAAAGAAAGAGGGUCAGCAGUCCUCAAUGAGAAUGUGUAUGGGAUCAAGGCGCUCUUUCAUUUGCAGGAUGAGGUGUGGAAAUGCUCCCCUGGAUCAUUUACCUCUGAACAGAAUAACCACCAUGAGAAAAAGAUACAGGAAUGGCCUUGGCCCAGUAAAAGAAGGUGAAGCACAGUAUGCUGUUGUCCAUUGCACUGGCUAUAUCAAGGCUUGGCCACCAGCAGGAAUGACUAUACCAGAAGAAGAUGCUGAUGUGGGACAAGGUAGUAAAUAUUGCCUCGUGGCAAUAGGAAGGCUUCAGGUAACCAGCUCUCCGGUGUGCAUGGACAUGAAUGGCAUGUCGGUCCCAACUGAGUUCUUGUCUAGGCACAACUCUGAUGGAGUCAUCACCUUUGUUGACCCAAGGUGCAUCAGCGUCAUUGGCUACCAGCCCCAGGAUCUUCUGGGGAAAGAUAUUUUAGAAUUCUGCCAUCCUGAAGAUCAAAGCCAUUUGAGGGAGAGUUUCCAACAGGUUGUGAAACUGAAAGGUCAAGUCCUGUCUGUGAUGUAUCGUUUUCGUACCAAAAACCGGGAAUGGAUGCUGAUCAGAACCAGCAGCUUCACAUUUCAGAAUCCUUAUUCCGAUGAGAUUGAAUACAUCAUCUGCACCAACACUAAUGUAAAACAACUUCAGCAGCAGCAAGCAGAACUUGAAGUACAUCAAAGAGAUGGGCUGUCAUCCUAUGACUUAUCUCAGGUGCCUGUUCCAAGUAUACCAGCUAACGUUCAUGAGGGUGGAAAGUCUGUGGAAAAGCCUGAUGCCAUCUUCUCCCAAGAGAGAGAUCCAAGAUUCGCUGAGAUGUUUGCUGGAAUAACUGCUUCAGAUAAAAAAAUGAUGGCCUCAGCAUCCACAGCAGGAAACCAGCAGCUUUACUCACAGGGAAGCCCAUUUCAGCCAGGACAUUCGGGAAAGACUUUCAG